GCAGAGCCUGUCCUAACUGCGCCAAGGUGGAGCCAAAAAGAAAAGGAGAGGCGCGACAUACCGUGUCCGUCGGUGAUAGGCGCUUAUAACAAGCACAUGGGAGGAGUGGAUCUCUUAGACUCUCUGAUCUCCCUCUACCGCGCCCAUCUCCGAUCGAAGAAAUGGUACUUUCGUAUUUUUCUUCAUAUUCUCGACUUGACGGCUGUAAAUGCCUGGCUGCUGUACAGGAGGAAUGCCGAGACUACUUCCGAUCAACCAACACGAAAGCUCAUGCCAUUAGCAGAGUUCAAGGUGGACCUCGCCACGUCACUCUGCAAAGCAGGAAAAAAUCAACUGAAGAAAAGGGGAAGGCCCAGCAAUGAGUCCGUGGAGCAAGGCAUCCAGCUGAAGAAGACAAGAGGUCCUUCAGCACCGUGUCCACCUCAAGAUGUCAGGAUUGAUCAGGUUGGCCACUGGGUGCUUUGGAGUCAGAAGCGACAGCGUUGCAAGUUUCCUGGAUGCAAGGGCAUUUGUAUGAGCUACUGCUCUAAGUGUGGCACUCACCUGUGCUCAACAAGCAAGAAUAACUGCUUUCUUUUGUAUCACACAAGCAAAUGAGGCCACAUCUCUCACUGAUGUCUGUAAAUACAAGUUUGGCUCUGGUUCACAAAUUUUUAGCAUUCGGCUAUAAAUAUUUCGUUAUUUCCAUCUUGUUGCAAAUAUGCAACAUACCUAUCUUUUUUCGAUAUAAAUUUUUUCGAAACUUUGAAAUUUAUUUUAGUGAUAGUAUUGUGAUAACUGUGGUAUUCUACUUCUGCUGGAAUAAAAUUGUGAAAAAAUAA